CCCACACAGUAUAUUAGCCGCGGCGCGCAUAGACUGCUAGCUGGCCUGCGUGCGCGACGGUACGUUAUCGAUUCGCUGCUGUCUUGCGCCGUGACGAGGAAUCCGGGCUCGCGACGCCACUCAGCGCAUAGGACGCCCACAAACCGCUGGGUCCCCGAUCUAGCGGCUGGGCCGGUGUGUUUAAUCAAAGUAAAUCACUGGCGAUUGCGAGCCUCCAGAGAGCUCGCGGGCUCCUACGUCGACAGCGGACGCUUGGACGCUGCCGAAGGAGAUGAGCGCUCUCGCGGGCGGCCUGGCGCUGCGCGGCGCGGCGUGGUACUGGUGGGCGGCGCGGCGGCAUGCCGUCGAGACGCCGCUCUACGCUGGGCCGCCGCUCGCGCUGCCGGAGCUCGGCGCCUGCGGGCGGCGCGUGAACGCCACGCUCCCUACCGUCGC